GGAGGACACAUCGACAGCGGGGCCUCCGAGUAUUACCUGCCACCAAACAUCAGACCUAAUGGAGCUCCAGCGCUGGAGAGCCCUAGAAUUGAGAUCACUUCCUACAUGGGACUUCAUCAUAACAACAACCAGUUUUUCCAUGAUGAGGUUGAGGAGGCCAUCCCAAAUGCCAAACGGUCGCCUUCCACUGCCACUCUGAACUUACCGAACAUUGAGGCGUACAGAGACCCAUCCUGCCUGAGUCCAGCGAGUAGCUUGUCUUCCAGAAGCUGCAACUCCGAAGCGUCUUCCUAUGAGUCCAACUACUCGUAUCCAUACACUUCACCCCAGACCUCUCCGUGGCAGUCCCCAUGUGUCUCUCCGAAGACCACCGACACGGAGGAGGGCUAUCAGCGCAGCAUGGUGGCCUGCACUUUGCUCAGUUCCCCGAGGCACUCUCCGUCAACAUCUCCCAGGACGAGCAUCACGGAGGAGAACUGGCUGGGGGCUCGCAACUCCAGGCCUCCAUCUCCCUGCAACAAGAGAAAGUACAGCAUCAAUGGCCGGCAGACCUCUUACUCCCCACACCACUCUCCCACGCCUUCUCCGCAAAACUCGCCACGGGUGAGUGUCACGGAUGAGACGUGGCUGGGGAACACCAACCAGUACACCAGCUCCGCCAUCGUCGCUGCCAUCAAUGCCCUCACCACCGACAGCACCAUAGAUAUGAACGACGGGAUUCCCAUCAAGUCGAGGAAGACCGCCAUCGACCACACCCCGUCCAUGACUCUCAAAACUGAACCGGCUGGCGAGGAUCAUGGGACCAUAUCGCCAACUGCCGAUUUGUCACCAGAAGACUUCUCCAGCUUUCAGCACAUCAGGAAAGGAAACUUCUGUGAGCAGUACCUGUCCGUGCCACAGCAUCCCUACCAGUGGGCCAAACCAAAGUCUCUGUCUCCGACAUCCUACAUGAGCCCAUCCCUGCCUGCCCUUGAUUGGCAGCUGCCAUCUCACUCAGGACCUUAUGAACUGCGUAUUGAAGUGCAGCCGAAAUCCCACCACCGAGCUCAUUACGAGACGGAAGGCAGUCGAGGGGCUGUGAAGGCAUCUGCGGGAGGCCACCCUAUUGUGCAGCUACACGGUUACUUAGAAAGCGAGCCGCUCACGCUACAGCUGUUCAUUGGGACUGCAGACGACCGCCUGCUGCGACCCCAUGCUUUCUACCAGGUUCAUCGAAUCACUGGGAAGACCGUUUCCACCACCAGCCACGAAACAAUACUUUCCAACACCAAAGUCCUGGAAAUUCCACUUCUUCCAGAGAACAACAUGAGAGCAAUCAUCGACUGUGCUGGGAUAUUAAAGCUCCGAAACUCUGACAUUGAGCUGCGCAAGGGAGAGACGGACAUCGGUCGGAAGAACACGCGUGUGCGACUGGUCUUCAGGGUUCACAUCCCGCAGGCCAAUGGCAGGACCCUCUCCUUGCAAGUAGCCUCCAACCCCAUUGAGUGCUCUCAGAGAUCUGCCCAAGAACUGCCUCUGGUGGAGAAGCAGAGUACUGACAGCUUUCCUGUUAUUGGAGGGAAAAAAAUGAUACUGACUGGCCAUAACUUUCUGCAAGACUCCAAAGUCAUCUUUGUGGAGAAAGCACCAGAUGGUCACCAUGUGUGGGAAAUGGAAGCCAAAACCGACAAAGAAAUGUGCAAGCCAAAUUCGUUGGUGGUUGAGAUACCACCUUUCCGCAAUCAGAGAAUUACCAGCCCUGUUCAGGUCAACUUCUAUGUCUGCAAUGGAAAAAGAAAGAGAAGCCAGUACCAGCUUUUCACCUAUCUUCCUGCUAAUGUUCCAAUUAUAAAAACAGAACCCACAGAUGACUAUGAGCCUGCUCAAACCUGUGGACCAAUGAACCAAGGCUUAAGCCCUCUCUCUAAACCAUACUACAGCCAGCAGAUCAUGAUGCCCCCUGAUCCUGGUUCGUGCCUCGUGGCUGGCUUUGCCUCCUGUCAGCAGAGAAAUGCCGUGAUGUCACCCUCUCCCAACGCAAGCCCCAAGCUGCACGACCUUUCGUCCUCUCCUUACAAGUGCAUCCCCAACCCGGGCCACAGUCACCUUGGACUUCAGCAGCCUGCUGGAGGUGUCCCCACCAUACAGGAAGUGCCAAGGUCUAUAGUUGUGCACCCAAGCUCCCCCGAGCAAUCAUCUCACAUCAUGCUGCAGCCGCAGUAAAUGAAAUUAUAAGGAAUGACCUUUCCAGUACCAAUGUCCAUUCAUAGCUUUCAAUACGGGCCUACUAUGAAAUCCACACACACUUUGGACUUAGCUGGAGUGUCAGCUCGAGUAGAGAGAUACCGAAUAAACUGAAGACGUUGCCUGGUACCAGUCUGAUCUUCCACCUUACUGAACUGAAGAUUUACCUCUUGCUUAUGAAGAAGUAGCUCCUCAACUUCAACUGAUGAAACAGCUUCUUUAAAGAAAAUCAUCUCAAAGGAAAGAGGAGGGAGUACACUCCAAGACGGCGCAUUUCAUGGGACAAAACUAGGAAACUCGGCAAAAUCUGAGUACUUCUUCCCAGUGCUGAUCAUUUUUGGCAUGGCACCGCUGGAAUACAGCCCUGGAAGUGCCUUAUUUUACCAGGUUGUGGCAUCAGGGCAUUUUUAAUAAGCUUUGAAUUUGCUACCAUUAAAAGUGUUGGUAGGUGCAGAAACUGUAGAGCUUGCAUUCUGGAGAGUGAUAUUGGAAAAAAGCAUAGGACUCUGCAGCGAAGUAGGGAGAGCAAUCCCUACUCCAGUAAGAUGCGUUUGUAAAUUCCAGAAUGUCUUCAGCUUUUCCUCCGCUGUAAUGUACAGCCUAUUGCCUUAUUCUCAGUGCAUUUCAAAAGCCUCCUGAUUUGUCAUCAUCUCAGCUUUCUUUUGCAUAUUGUCUUUAUUACGUGCUAAUGAAUCAUAGGGUUGUUAGUAGUAGCAUGUUAAGAUUUUGAUUUUAAUCUGGCUUCAGUCAUAGCACAAGUGAGUUGAAUAGCACAAAAUAAAAAGGUUGAUGGACAAAAAAUCGAAAUCUAUCUUUUACACGAUAGAUGAAUGUGUAUGCAUGUACAUACAUACUAGUAUAUAUGCAUAUAUUUAUAUAUGACAAAUAAUAUAGAUGAUUGCCUAGUGAGGGCACUGAAUUUAGCAAUAAUUUCAAUUUCUGAGAAUGCAUUUCAGAUCCACAACAGAUAUUUCAGCUACUUCUUUUGAGGGUUUGUUGCACCUAAAGCAGGUAUGCAUUUUCUUUCCUCAUGCAGUUAAGCAAGCACUUUAGAUAGGCAAGAAGGAUGCAUACAAGAUACAUGUUAUUUACCAAAUGACAAAAUAUGAGUUAUAGUAACUGUAAAUACCAUUAUGGAAGAGUGUAAAAUAUUUGUUCAGUUAUAAUGUUAUUAUUCCGCAGAAGCCUUAUAACUCUCUGCUACAUGUAUGAAAAAGAAUAUUACCAAAAAACCACAAAGGUUUAAUAUGCAGCGCUGUAUAGUGUGUUUUCAGAAUAGCUAAUGUUUCUGGAGCUACAGGUAGGCAUGUAGUGUAGCCUUUAACAUUGUAUUUUUUACAAUCAACCGCUUAUUAUAUAACUAGCAACAACCUAUUAUUUCAUAUAACCAAAAAAUAAAAACAAAACUAGAAUAAAAUAGCAUGACUUAAAUUAAAAAUGUUUAACAUUAAUAUUGUGCCUUAGGAAUCUGUGCCCCCUUCUGGAAAUACACCUGAACUACACCUCCGUGUUGGGGUGGCUCCUUAACCCUAAUGCAAUGAUGAUUGAACAGGUUUCACAAAAAGGUGAAAUCCUCCUAAGCGUUUUAAAACAUUAUUCUGUAUAAUUAUGUCUUACUUUCUUUAGAAAAAAAUGAAAGCCAUAUUUGUCACAUUUGCACAUUACUGUGAAGACAUGAGAAUAUAAUAUGGCUAUAUGUACAUAAUAUGCUGUUAUUGGUCCUUAUAAUAGUCUGUUAUUCCUCACCUGUUUAAUCCCAGUUAUUUACCCUGUAUUUAGCAUUGUAGACGUUGCAUGAAACAUUUCUUAUAGACUGCCAUAUGAAAAGUUUAAAAGCUUGACAGAUGUCAGCUUGACUUGUAGCUAGAAAAUAGAUCCAAUAAAGCAAAAUGUUUUGCUGGAAGCUAGUCUUAGAGUGGUUCAUUUUAUGUUAUCUUGACAAAUCUUCCUUUCUCAUAGAAAAUAAGCAUUUUUACAUUAUAUACGUAUAUAUAAAUAUAUAUCUCCAUCUCUUCUAUUUGAAACUGUUUGCAUCCUGCUGCAUCUUGCUAAUAUAACCAUCUUAGUAUGGAAGUAAAGUCUCUUGUCAACAGACUCUUCUUCAUUCACCCCCCUCUCCCCCCUGCAUUUAAAGACAUUGCUGCCAAGGAGAUAAAAUUAUAUAUAAUUCUCAGAUUUUAUUCUCUCAGUAUUUCAGAAAUGUCAACAAGUGUGAAUGGAGGACUCUCUGGUUAUGCCAAAGCAUUUUUUUAUUCAUAUACAUAAAUACCUUGGGUGAGGCUUUUACGAUACAGGACAAUACACACACAUACACACACACAGAUACAUCCUCCACAUGUUCACAUUUCAGAAAUAAUUUUGAUAAGGGUUUCAACUGUAUGGUUCGGAUAUCUUGCACCUCCUUCAUCCUUACUUUUAUUUUCCUCUUUGAGCUAUUUUGGAAAAAACAAACAAACAAACAAACAACCUGUUACUUUUAAGCCUGGAUAAUGGAAGAUUAUGCAUCUCUUGUAUAUGUAUUCAUAAAAUAAAAAUGAAAGCAGAAAUA